AUGAGUAUCGGAGGUCGCGGAGAGAGAGCCUGGCUUGAGUCCAACUUGAGUCUCGCAGAACCUCAUAGGCGAGAACUUCUGCUCGCGAUAGCGCUUGCUACGGAUAUUUGUGCUGCAGCGCUGGUGGACGGGGGAUCAGCCGUAUUAUGUCAUCCCGAAGCUCGGCCCGGCAAGCUCCGGUCAAACGGUGCCUGGACGGAUUUCGACAGCGGGAAACCUAGCCAAGCUAGGUAA